AUGUUUAAACCGAAACCUAAAGAAAAAAUGUUCCUCUGUGAAUAACACAACAAAAAAAUAAAAUAAUUCUAAAUAGAAAGGAAAAAAUUAUUCUGUAAACAAUGUUUAGUUAACAAUGAUUAGACAAUGCAAACUUUUUCUAUGUAGAUGAUUAUUGAAUUGAUUGAAGAUAAUAUUUCAGAGAAAUUAUAGACUUAUUCAACUGCAAUAGAGCCAUUAAUUACAUAGAUAUAUAAUUUAAAAAAAGAGCUACAAAAAUUUCAAUCUUACAUUCUGAAACAACUUGCAGAAUUGACUAAGAUUUUAGAUGAUUGGAUUACGGAAUUUAAGUAGAAUGGAGAAGAAGAGUCUAAGUAUUCAAUGAAAGAUGAAUUGGAGAAAUUUUUUGAGAAUGUAAUAAAUGAAAAAUAAUAACAUGAUUGGAAAGAGGAAUCAGUAAAAAUCUCAAAUUUAUCUGGAAAAAUCAAUAACAAUUUUAUAGAUAAAGUUUAGAAAAUUUUGAAUAAUUUCUAAAAUUUUCCUACAUAAUAUUUUUAAUCGAAUCUAACAUUUAUAGAAAAGAAUUCGAAUAAUAUUUCAGAAAUAUAUGAAAAAAAGGGCUUAAGUUUGGUUCUUUUUGAUGAUAUGUAUCAAAAGGAACCUAAUUUGAAAGUAGACUUUUUUAGUAGUGAUUGUCGCGCAAUGGCAAUCAAUAAAGAUAAUGAUGUUCUAGUAUUUGCUGAUGGUAAAUUAUUAAAAGUAAUGCAAUUAAAAGAUAAUAGAUAUAAAAACUAAAACUCAAAAUUUCAAGGUAUUGAAAACAAUCAAGAAAUAACAACAACAUUAAAUUUCUAUAAAUCAAAUAAUAAUUUAAUUUAAGGUUCACAAGACUACACUAUUAGAAUUUGGGAACCAAAUGAUUAAUUCAACAUUUGGACAAUUAUGAAACAUUUAAAAGGUCACUAACAUUGGAUUAGCUGUUUAGUAUUAUACUCAGAUGAUACAUUCUUUAUAAGUGGUUCAACUGAUAAUACUAUAAGAAUUUGGAAGCUAACUGAAGAUAAAGAAUUUUAGAUAUUAAAAGAAGACCAUAAAAAAUCUAUUUUUGGAUUGUCAUUAAAUCAAAAUAACGAUGUUUUAAUUUCUUGUGGAGCAGAUUAAUAUAUUUGUGUCUUCACAAAAACAUAAGAAUAAUAAUAAUGGAAAAAGACACAGAAAAUUGAUUUAGAUAAAGAAUAAUUUGGUUAUAGAUUAUGUUUUAUAAACAAUGAUGUUUUCACUUUUUAGCCACAUGAAUAUAAUUCAUGUAAAAACAAUCAAAUUAAAUAUAACUAUAUAUAAAUUUAUGAAAAAAAGAAUUUGGAAAAUAAUACUUUUAUUUUCGAGAAAAAUAAUAAAAUAUAGAUCGAUAUUAAAAUUCCAGAGUCAAUCUAAAAUUGUGAUUUUUAUUUUCCUUAAAUUUACAGAUAAGAAAUCCUUUUCAAUAAAUAUUAACAAAGUAUACAAUUAAUUUAAUUGAAUUUUGAAUAAUAAAAUAAUUCAAAUAAAAUUAAGGAUAUAAAAUGUAUUUAAUAAAUUAAUUUUGAAUAAAAUGGAGUUUAUGCAAGAAUUUAUGGAACAAUAAGUUAAGAUGGAAAAUAUCUGGUAUUAUGGGACUAUAAAUCAAAAAAAAUAUAAAUCUAUUCUAAAUGUAAAAUGUAAUGA